AUGACUUCCGUCGUUGCCGUCUCCGGCGGAACCGCCAGCCUCGGUCGUGCCAUCGUCGAGGCCAUCGUAGCGCUGGGCAAGUACGAGGUUAUUGUUCUCUCAAGAAAGGAAAACCCCGAGCUUGAGAAGACCUUGGGCGCCCGCAUUGUGCCCGUGGAUUAUUCCAGCGUGUCUAGCAUUGUCGAGGUGCUCGAGAAAAACAAUAUCGACACACUUAUCUCUGCGAUCGGUCUGGGCGGAUCGGCGCCUCCAGACGCGGAGCUGCCCCUCAUUCGUGCCGCUGAGCAGUCUUUCGUCACCAAGAGAUUCAUUGCGAGCGUGUUCGGCGCUACCUACAAAAAGGAACAGACCUCCUUCUAUCCAGCCUCAGGCAAGAUUCAGUCUAGAGAAGAGCUGGAGAAAACCACAUCGCUAGAGUGGACCACAGUUCUGAACGGCUUUUUCCUUGAUUACUUUGGCAUGCCCAAGGUUAAGUCAUACCUCCAGCCUACUACCCUUGUUCUCGAUGUUGCGCACAACACUGCUGGUAUCCCCGGCUCCGGCGACGUGCCAGUGGUCUUCACCCAUAGUUUUGACGUUGCCAAGUAUACAGGAAGACUGCUAGGCCUGGAGAAGUGGGAGAAGGAGUCUUACGUCAUCGGCGACAAACUCACCUGGAAUGAGUUCCGCAAGCUUGCUGAGGAAGCCAAAGAAACGAAAUUCAACGUUGAGUAUGAUUCCGUGGAGAAGCUGCGGGAAGGGAAGAUAACUGAACUUCCGUCCCAUAAGUACGCCUACGACUUCGUCCGUAAGGAGGUGCUCCAAUCCAUGCUGGCGUACUUUGGCACCAUGUUUGAGGAUGGCCAGUUUGAUUUUAAGCCUGAGAAGACGCUUAAUAACGCCUUUCCUGAUAUUGAGCCCUUGACGGCGAAAGAGAUUCUAGAACAGGGUUGGGGGUCUUAG